GUUUGCGUAUGUGUGUGUGUGUUGAUUAGCAUUGAGCUAACAGAAAAACCCAUCCACAUGAACAGACUGUUGUGCAAACCGCUAAAGACGAGCUAAGAUGUUGAACCAGGACCCGGUGAGGUGACAGAGGAGGGUUUUCAUCCAGAACCCGACAGAGAGCCACUGACUGGACCUCUGGAUGACUGUAGAUGUGGUUCCUCUCAGUCUGGUGCUUCACUCUGUGCUUGUAGAAACAUGGCAACAAAGAGCCGGUUCCUGCUGCAGAGAGUCCUCUCAUCUGGACUCAGAGCUGGACUCAGAGCUCCUGGUGUUUGGUACCAGAGCUCAGCUUUGACCUCCAGUGAAGGACACCUGCUGAUGAAACCUCCACUCAGACAGCUGAGCUGCUCACACACACCCUGCAGGUCUGCUGCUGCACACACAGGUCCCAGCAGUCUGUCGUUCAGGAGUCACACCUGUGGAGAACUGAGACCAGAUCAUGUUGGAGAGAAAGUCACUCUGUGUGGCUGGGUCCAGUACCUCAGGCAAGACCUGUUUGUCAUCCUGCGAGAUUUCAGCGGCUUGGCUCAAGUUCUGAUCCCUCAGGAAGAGACUGCGAGUCAUUUGAAAGCAGCUCUGUGUGAUCUCACGGCCGAGUCUGUCGUCAAGGUUACAGGAACAGUCAGACGACGACCAACGGGGCAGGAGAACCAGGCCAUGCCGACAGGACAAAUAGAAGUCCUGGCUGAGAGUGUGGAGGUUUUCAAUGUGUGCCGGAAGUUGCCUUUUGAAAUUAAAGACUUUGUCAAAAAAUCGGAGUCUUUGCGGAUGCAGUAUCGCUACCUGGACCUGAGGUCCUCUCAGAUGCAGAAGAACCUCAGGCUGAGGUCUCAGCUGGUGAUGAAGAUGAGAGAAUACCUCUGUAAUGUGCACGGUUUUGUCGACGUGGAAACUCCUACGUUGUUUAAAAGAACACCCGGGGGAGCCAAAGAGUUUGUGGUUCCGUCCAGAGAGCCGGGCCGGUUUUACUCUCUGCCGCAGAGUCCUCAGCAGUUCAAACAGCUGCUGAUGGUGGCUGGCAUAGACAGGUACUUCCAGAUGGCCCGGUGCUACCGAGAUGAAGGCUCCAAACCAGACCGGCAGCCUGAGUUCACCCAGGUGGACAUAGAAAUGUCCUUUGUGGACCAGGCAGGUAUCAUGUCCCUGGUGGAGGGUCUGUUACAGCACUCCUGGCCUGCAGAGAAAGGUCCCAUUAAGGUUCCUUUCCAAACCAUGACCUAUGAGGAGGCCAUGAGGGACUACGGCGUGGACAAGCCCGAUACCAGAUUCAGUAUGAAGCUGAUGGACCUCAGUCAGGUUUUCUCAUCCUCGGAUAUUGAAUUCCUCAGAUCAGCUCUCAGCCAACCAGGAGGCUCCGUUCAGGCCGUCUGCGUCCCCAGUGGAGCGAAACUGUUUGCUGGGAAAGACUUGGAGGAACUGAAACAAACCGCCAAGACUCAGUUCGGCCAGGAGCUCAGCGUGGUUCUGGUGAAAGCAGACGGGACGUUGAAGUCUCCACUGAAGAAGCUGCUGUCUGUCUCAGCCACUGAUGAGCUGCUGCAGAGGACCGGAGCCAAACCUGGAGACCUGCUGCUGAUGGCGGCUGGUUCCCUCCACACCGUGCGUCCGUUGCUGGGUAAUCUUCGUCUGCGGUGUGCAGAGCUUCUGGAGUCUCGUGGCGUGUCGGUCCGCGACCCCUCAGCCUUCCACUUCCUGUGGGUUGUGGACUUCCCUCUCUUUUUGCCCAAAGAAGAGGAGCCGGAGCAGCUGGAGUCGGCCCAUCAUCCGUUCACUGCUCCACUGCCGGAGGACACACAGUUACUCUACACAGAGCCACAGAAGGUGCGUGGUCAGCACUAUGACUUGGUGUUGAAUGGCUGUGAGAUUGGAGGAGGCUCCAUCCGCAUCCACAAAGCCUCAGAACAGCUGCACGUCCUGAAGACUAUCCUCACGGAGGACCCGAGUCUUCUCUCUCAUCUGCUGGAGGCUCUGGACUCAGGAGCACCGCCACAUGGAGGCAUCGCUCUGGGUUUGGACCGGCUUGUCUCCAUUAUGGUCGGGGCUCCCAGCAUCCGUGACGUCAUUGCCUUCCCCAAGUCAUUCCGGGGUCACGACCUCAUGAGCUGUGCCCCUGACUUGGUAUCUGAGGAGGAGCUGAAGUCUUACCACAUCUCCAUCAAAUGGCCAGCAGAGCGAGGAGGAGGCGGAGGAGAAGAGGGGAAGUGAGGAGGCAAAGAUGGGAAGAGAUAAAGAGCCCGGAUCAGAGGAAGGGGUCUUUUUGUAACCCACAGAGGACAAGGAGACAGAGAUGAGCAGACAGCCAGCAGGCGGCUGUAGAGACUGUAGCCUAGGAGGACCUCUGCCAGCUGGCCGGCACAUACAGUCGGAGGAGGAAGAGAGAAAAUGAGGAGGAGGUGAUGCUUUGGCUACAUCUCAGUGCUGUCACUUUGAAAUGGAAGA